AUGCGUUGGGAAGAAGAAGCCUACUCACGCACGGAUUCUGAUGACAAUCCAUUAUCGUUGAUUGAAUAUUGGAAUGGAGGAUACCCUCCCCUUCUCCGAGGUGCUGUGAAUGCUGCAUCCAACAUUGGUAACAUUAUUGGUCAAAUAUCCUUCGGCUUCCUUGGUGAUACUUUCGGAAGAAAGUUCGUGUAUGGCAAAGAACUCAUCAUUUGCAUCAUCGGUACUAUUCUGGUCAUCAGCCUCCCUAAUAGUAUUCCAACACCCACUCUGAAAAUGGUUUGGAUUUUCUGUUUCAGACUUCUCAUGGGGAUUGGAAUCGGCGGUAAUUAUCCCAUGUCAGCGUCCAUCGUAUCUGAGCGUUCUCAUUUCCAUACUCGAGGUCGGAUGUUAGCGUGGAUUUUCUCCAAUCAAGGAUGGGGAACUUUUACUGGAUCUGUAGCUACAAUCAUCAUCGUCAGCUGCUUCAGGAAAGCGAUCAAAGACGAGGACCAAUACAAUCAGCUUGAUGCCGUAUGGAGAAUUCAAAUGGGAAUUGCUCUUGUUCCAGCAUUUGCAACUCUCAUUCCUCGUCUUCGAAUGCCCAAGGAAGGAAAUACACCGCUACAAACAUUCGUUGCUGGAGGAAAAGCUGUGCUAGCCAAACCGAAAACACUCCCUGCAGUGCCAACUGGAGAUACUGAUCUCGAAAAUCUUGCAAAACCACAAUCACGAAGAGCCCAACUCAAUACAUUUUUCGUGUACUUCUCUGAAUGGCGACAUCUGAAGACCUUCAUCGGUACCGCCUCAUGUUGGUUUCUACUUGAUGUAGCCUUUCACGGAACCAAUCUUAAUCAAUCAGUGCUUCUCGCUGAUAUUGGAUUUGCUACUGGAGCUACUCACUACGAUGUUUUGAUGCGUAAUGCCAUUGGAAAUCUCAUUAUCGCUGUUGCGGGUUACCUUGGAAGAAAAUGGAUUCAGAUUCAAGGAUUUUUGAUGUGUGCUCUGAUGUUUGCUAUUCUGGCUGGUGGAUACAUGCAUCUCAGCACGGCAGGGAAAUUCACCUGUUUUGCAAUUGCCCAAUUCUUCUUCAAUUUCGGCCCUAAUGCGACGACAUUCAUCAUCCCAGCAGAGGUUUACCCUUCCCGUGUCCGUGGUUUCGCUCAUGGUCUGUCUGCCGCCACCGGAAAGCUUGGCGCUAUUCUCUCAGCAUUAUUGUUCAACUACCUUGCUGGUUCCAUCAUAACAUGGUUCUUGAUUCCCGAGACAAAAGGUAGAGAUGCGGAUGUUAUUGAUUUCGAAGAGUGGCAAGAGAAAAACGGGAUUGAAGAGUCAGCUUGA